AAUAUUGGAAGGAAAAAAAUUCAGUGUCUAAAGGUUCCUAUUAAAUAACUACCUCAGAAACUUUUCUCUCUCGUUUUCCUGCCUUUUACAUAUUCCACACGAUCAGAAACCAUCAACAAUUCAAAAGAAAAGAAAAGAAAAAAAAUGCUGGCAGUUUUUGACAAUACGGUUGCAAAAUGCCCUGAUGCUUUGCAGAGUCCACACUCUGCCUCUUCAUCGGCUUUAAAAGAUGGGUUCUUGGCAAAGCAUUUUGGAUCAAUUCACCCGGCUUCUGUCACUGUCAAUCUUGGUACUGCUGGGAUCAUUGCUUACUCUCUUGAUAAGCAAAACCCUCUCCUCCCUAGAUUAUUUGCAGUUGUAGACGACAUUUUCUGCUUGUUCCAAGGCCACAUUGAGAAUAUUGCUGUUCUUAAGCAGCAAUAUGGCUUAAACAAAACUGCAAACGAGGUGAUCAUUGUUAUUGAAGCUUUCAGAACCCUUAGAGACCGAGGGCCUUAUCCUGCUGAUCAGGUUGUCAGAGAUAUCCAAGGGAAAUUUGCUUUUGUUCUAUACGAUAGCACUUCAAAGGCCACAUUUAUAGCUGCUGAUGCUGAUGGAAGUGUGCCCUUUUUCUGGGGAGCUGAUUCUGAACGUCAUCUUGUUCUUUCAGAUGAUGCCCAGAUUUUGCAACAGGCCUGUGGGAAAUCGUUUGCACCAUUCCCUAAAGGAUGCUUCUUUACGACUUCGGGAGGCUUGAGAAGCUAUGAGCACCCUCUGAAUGAGUUGAAGCCAGUUCCUAGAGUAGACAGUUCAGGUCAGGUUUGUGGUGCAACUUUCAAGGUGGAUGCAGAGACCAAGAAGGAAGGCGGCAUGCCAAGAGUUGGGAGCGCUUAUGACUGGUCAUCAAAUUACUAAGGAGAUUUUAGGUUCUUUUUGGUGAGGCUCUUGUUAGCAAUGGGCCUUCUGGUGGCUGUGUUAUAUCUUUUUCUUAUACUACAUUCCUACUCUUUAAUGACUUUGCUGCACUAACAUUUUUCAACUACUAGUAUUUCCUUAAAAAGGAGACAGCAACUUGUACUGCUGUAAAUGUUUCUUACCGUCCAAGUAAGCCCAGACUUUGUAGGGUAUAACAUAAAAUAAGAUUUACCUUGCAUACA